AUGUGCACUGAUGAGCUAAAGAGAUUUUCUUGUUUUCAGAUCAUGACUGAUUUGAAAGUUAUUGGCGCGGGACUAGGUCGUACUGGAACUAAAUCCCUGCAGCAAGCACUUGUUCUGUUAGGAUUUGGACCCUGCCAUCAUAUGACAGAAUUACUCCCUGACAAUCAAGAGCAUUUGUGGCCAAUGUGGAAAGAGAUAUUCAGCAGCAGUGAGGACAAGAGUGAAAAACUGAAAGAAGCCUUCAGGGGUUAUGUGGCUACUACGGAUUACCCUGGAUGUUUAUUUUAUAAAGAGUUCCUUCGGUGGAAUCCCGAUGCUAAAGUGAUUCUUACUGUGCGAGAUAAUCCUGAGAAGUGGGUUGAAUCUGUUCGAGCAACUCUUUUUAGGUUCAAAUUUGAUGACAAUUCUGCACGGCAUGAAUUUAGAGAAUCCUUUUAUGCUUUUCUGACAAAAGUUUAUGGAGCUGAUCCAAGAGAACAAGAAACUGAUGUGAAGAAGUUGUAUUUGGAUUGGAAUGAAGAGCUGAAAAGAAGUAUCAAGAAAGAGAAUUUGUUAGUUUUUAAUGUUAAAGAGGGUUGGGGUCCCCUAUGUAAGUUUUUAGGUGUUCCAGAGCCCGAGCAGCCAUUUCCUAAUUUGAAUUCCAGGGAGUUUUUCCAAAAAAAAUAUGUUGAGGGGCUUUUGGCAAAAAAAGAUUGA